GGCCGGCGAGCGAGGAGACAGAGGCAGAGACCGCGACGGGCGCAGAGCGAGAGCGAGUGCUGGCUGGCUGGCCGAAUGAAUGAACGAAUGAAUGUGUGAACGAAUGAAAGAAUGAAUGCCGAGGAUGCUGCUGCGCUGCGCUGCGUGUGCGCUGGUGGUGCUCGCGCCGACAAAUGGAGUGAAGUCUAGAGGGCGCGAGGUAGCGGAGGGGAGAGGAGGGGAGAGGAGUUGAGAGAGGCCAGGGCCUAGCGACGGGGAGGAGGUGGAGGAGGAGGAGUAAUCGGAGGCAAAAGUAGGAAGGAAAAAGGAACGAAUCCGAAAAAAAUUUGGAGGAAGGAGCGAGCGUGAAUCCAGAUUCUCUGCACUCGACUGGAGGGAGGAGGAGAGGUUGGGGAGGGAAUUUUUUUUCACCGUCGGGGGUAAAGCAGUUGGGGUGGGGGUCAGUGGGGGUCCAGGAGGCGGGGUGGAAAGAAAAGGGGGCGAGAACUGGAAGGUCGAAGGGGGAGAGUGGCACCCCGCUCACCGUUCUCGUUUGUGAGUCCAGCCGUGUGCGGAGACGAGGCGAAAGGGAAUAUGACGAGAAUCUAUCGUGUUUCGCACUGUCUGUAGUCCUGAAUCUCGCCCGUUUGCACGUUCUUUCUCGCGCGGUCUGGCUGUAGUCUGUCGCGGGAGUGAAUUUUCCCAGGAGCGCUUGAUCAUUUGUUUGUUCAUUGGCGGUUGCUGCGUACUAUGUCUUCUCUGCGCGAAUUCGGACGUGUUUUGCGCAUUCGUUGGUGUAACCCGAUUGCAUCUUCGCUCGGUUCUGUAUUCUUUGUCGACGACCCGGAUUACCUGCCGAUGCCUGCAAGCUGACAAAGCCUCAAAGGUCUCAUAUGAAACAUCGCCUUGAGCGCGAAAAAGCGAGGAGUUAUUUCGAGGAGCUUCUAGUCCACUGCAAGUGUUGAUGAUAUUUGCAGAAUGCCAUGCUUCGCCUGGAGUGCAACAUUUUUCGAUUUCUUCUGGGUUCUAACCGGCAGUGGAUGGUCGGCAUACUGAUACAUCCUUCCGAACCAACUGAGGCGGGAUGACGCGUUAUUGAAGAGCUGUACUGGAUCUGAAUUUAUUUGCUGUUGGUCAUAACGAUGGUACCCCGCGCUUCUAUGGAUGCUGCGCAUGCAGCCGCAGUUAUGGUCCGCGCACAUGGCCCUGAUCCCAAGGGGAGGAAAAUGCGAAGACAUGCCUUCUUCCAUACGGAGUCAGGUGAUACAACAUUAUCUGCAUCAGGAUUUCUUUCCUUCAAAUCUGGUAGUUUUGAACCGGGGAAGAAAGCUUUUCCAUCUCAUGGGAAUCAUCUGUCAAGUGUGACAGUUCCCGGUUCCUCUGUAAUUGUGGUUACGUGCGCGUCCAUUGUGGAGCCGUUUCUAUCGCAACAGCCUUUUGGGACUUCUUCAGUCGAGGCUCGAGAUUUUCCAAAGCUAAUACCUGGAGCCGAAAUUGACGUUCUUGUAGAGGUGCCAGGAAAGUCAACAACGGUUGGAGAUCACACUCAGUGCUGGAUACCUGCGCACCUGGAACGAGUGGUGGAGAUACCAACCGCUGGAGCGGCUCUCCAAGCUCUGCUGGAUGUGCACGGUGGUAGUGUGGAUGGAGCAUGGGAAAUUGGCUGGGCGCUUGCACCACAAGAUGGAAAUUCGCAGCUACAAGGUCUCGGAGCAGGAGCACCUCCAUCUAGAGCUAUAGUGGAGGACGAACCUUCAAGGCGGUGGGCCGUAGGUGACAGGGAACCAAUUUUUGGUUCUUCUGUCAACAAUGGAAUCAGAGUGGGGAAUCUGGCGAUGACAGCAACCAGGGUUGCAAUUCUAAGUCUCUUCUGGAAAGAUUCUAGUGCUGCCGGUAGCUUUCAAGAUAAUGUUGUUCCACGCGCAUGUGAGCAGCCCAAGCCUUUGAAGGUGUCCUUUGACUUGGGAGUAAGUGGCUGUAUGAAACGAGGGGACUUCUUGUUAGCAGUUGGUUCUCCUUUUGGAGCGUUAUCUCCCCUGCAUUUUCAUAAUAGCUUGUCAGCUGGAGUGGUUUCUAAUUGCUGGCCUCCAAGUUCGAAACCAGUUGCCCUUUUGAUGGCAGAUCUUCGAUGUCUCCCGGGAAUGGAAGGCGGACCAGUUCUCGAUGAGCAAGGAGCUCUUGCUGGAAUGUUGAUUCGACCACUCCGUCAACGUGGGGGUAGUGCAGAAGUUCAGUUGGUGAUGACUUCCGAUGUGCUAGCUCCAGCUCUUCACCAGGCAGGAGUUACACUUGGAGUACCACUUACUCACCAACAAAUCUCCACUGAUUAUCAUGAUACUUGCCAGACCUUGUCUGCUGGGGGAGCUAGCUCUCUGGAGGCUGACUCUUGUAGAGGGACCUUCUCAGUACCCUAUAGUGAGGCCAAGUCUGAUAUGUCUCCAGCUAUUUCAAAAGCCUUGAAUUCCGUUGUCCUUGUUACCAUAGGUGAUGGAGCGUGGGCCUCCGGUGUUGUCCUAAGUGAAAGUGGCCUUAUAUUGACCAAUGCACAUCUUUUGGAGCCAUGGCGAUUUGGAAAGAUGCGAUCCUCUCAGCACAAUAAUCUUUUAUCCACACGUCAGGUUUUGUCUGCCUGGGGUGCAGAAGGUGAUCUGGAGUGUGGUCAGUGGACUGGUAGUGUCGACAAUCUCUGUGCACAGAAUUGUGCUCAAAUAGAAAACUCUACAGCAUAUCGGAGCGAGGAUGAUUUGGGCUUCUCCGUUUCACGGGAGCCGCUUGACACUACUUUGAGCACAAGUAGUUGCUCAGCUCAAUCCGAUACUUUUGUCAGACCCAUGCAGGCGAAAUGGAAAGGGUACCAGCGGAUAAGAAUUCGCCUGGAUCACCAACAAGUACGCUCUUGGCAUGAGGCUAAGGCUAUCUACGUGUCACAAGGACCUUUGGAUAUUGCGUUGUUGCAACUUGUGUCUGCACCUCCUGGCUUGUGUCCAAUUAUACCAGAGAAGACGUGCCCACCUUCCGGCUCGAGUGCUGUCGUCAUCGGGCAUGGUCUCUUCGGUCCUCGUGCAGAGCUUUGUCCUUCAGUAAGUUCAGGGGUAGUAGCCCGUGUCGUCAAAGCAGGGACCAGAUCUUUGAGUGAUAGUUUGGUGCCUGAAAAUGUCGAAGCAAAUUCUUUAGGUCCAGCGAUGCUUCAGACAACAGCAGCCGUACAUCCUGGAGGCAGUGGGGGAGCAGUUGUGAAUAGCCAAGGCCGAAUGAUAGGUUUGGUAACAAGUAACGCCCGACACAGUGGUGGAAGUGUCAUACCUUUUCUCAACUUUAGUGUGCCCUAUGCCGCGUUGGCUCCAAUUUUCCACUUUGCCUCGAAAGCCUGUGCAGAUCUCUCUAUUCUUUCAGAACUCGACAAACCCGACAAGUCCCUAUCAGCCGUGUGGGCUUUGGUUCCUUCAACCCCUCCACGACCUCCUCAUAGUCAAGCUUUGUCUCCCCCAGUCCCAAGAUACUCUCCUCAACUUCCACCAACGCAUAGGAUGUCAGAGAAUGUGAAAGGCUCUAGAUUUGCUCAGUUUAUGGCUGAGAAAGAUGCCGAUUUUCCCAUUCAGCAGCAGCCAACCUCAGAUCAUGGACAGGUGCAGUCACCAAAAGUCGCGCAUACUUUUGUGAAGCCUAAUUCCGUAUACAGCCAAUUUUUGUGUAGUCGUUUGUGAACUCGGUGAAAGUUUCACACCUUGAAAGAUUAAGAGCUUAGUUUCCAGUUUAUGUUUAGAAGAGAAGUCUUCUGUUGAGAUAGAUUUUGUACAAUGUCACACUACCUCAUAGUAAGGAAGUGCAGUUAACAUCAUGGUCAACUUUGUUUACAGUAUAGUAUACCUCCUAGCACAACUGUUCGAUUAGCAUGAAGGCCUAUUCGUACCUGCGUGUGACAUAUGUGGAAUGGGCCAAGCUGGAAAUUCGGUUCUGGUGCCAUUUGCAUGUCGUUAUAUACUCGCAAAGUUACAGUCGGCUACGUAAUUUCAGACUCUGUAGCCUUGUCAGUCAGUCAUGUUCCGACUUGGCAGUUCAAGUUGAGCUGAAUAUUUGUUUUGACAACUGGGUUCCAAGGAGGUAACAAUCGUCCACAGCAUCAUUUAUAAGCUUGGAGAUACU